AUGUAUAAAGAAAAGCUCAUUCGCGGUUUCUGUCAUCUAUACUCGGGUCAGGAAGCAGUUGCAGUUGGUAUUGAGGCUGCUUUACAGCCAGGCGAUACAAUUAUCACUGCUUAUCGCUGCCAUGGCUUUACAAUGACUCGUGGUGUUCCUGUACACAAUAUAGUUGCAGAACUCGCAGGAAGGAGGACUGGAUGCACAAAAGGGUUAGGGGGCAGUAUGCAUCUUUACGCAAAAGAUUUCUAUGGUGGUAAUGGCAUCGUUGGAGCUCAGGUUCCUUUAGGUGUCGGAAUAGCAUUACGUAUGAAACAUCGUGGGGAAAACGAAGUUAUGGAAUCUUCCUGUGAUUUUAUUUGUGAAAACAAUAAAUAUGGUAUGGGUACAUCUGUGCAGCGUUCAUCAGCAAAUACUAGUUACUAUACUCGUGGAGAUUACAUUCCUGGAUUGUGGGUUGAUGGUAUGGAUAUACUUAGUGUUAGAGAAGCCACACGUUUCGCUGCUGAUUGGUGUCGUUCUGACAAAGGCCCAAUACUGUUAGAAACAGAGACUUAUCGUUACCAUGGUCAUAGUAUGAGCGACCCAGGCACUAGUUAUCGUACACGUGAAGAAGUUCAGUCGAUGAGGCGUGGACGAGAUCCUAUCGCUUUAUUUCAGAAGAGCAUUGUGGACAAUGGGCUAUGUACACAGGAUGAAGUUAAGGAGAUCGAAAAAAGGGUUCGAACUGAAGUAGAUAAAGAAGUAGAAAGGGCGAUGAGCGACUCAGAACCACCACUAGAGAUGAUGUUUGGAAAUAUUUACCAUGGGAUACCUCCAAACUACAAGAUUCGAGGUUGUGAUUUGAAAACUUGGGGUUCACCAUUUGUCACUAAGUAG